UGACAAACCGUGUGUUUAUUCAACAACUUUAAGUCAAUAGAAAUGAUGUGAUUUUGUUUGAAUAGCAGGCAUUGGAGGUUUAGCGAUGUAAACGUUGAUCACAAAUGCCGGGACUCAUUAUAUUUAAGCGCCGGUGGUCUGUGGGCUCCGAUGACCUGGUCGUACCCGCAUCCAUAUUAUUGGUCAUUCAUAUGAUCUGGCUAAUAAUAUUGUCCACAGCAGCCAUCACUUGGAAUCCAUACCGUUGUCAAAGUUAUCUAUACUUUACAUUGGGUUAUAUUGUGAUACUUAUCGGCUGUAUUAUAGUCGAGGUAUUCAUAAUAUGGCUAUCGAUGAGAGGAUCCAUUCUGAAUAACGCUCCGAGAAGUUCAAUGAAAUAUCUACUUUACAUAAGACUCGCCAUAAUUUUAGUUGAGAUUUUAUGGAUGAUAUUGACAACAAUGCAUAUUCGCAAAUAUUACGAUUCAUACGGACCCGUAUGUCAUAAGAUUUCUGGUGUUGAGGCACUCUUUGGUAUGACUGUCUGUAAUUUGGUUGUCAUCGCUAUUGUCUUUAUAACGAUGUGGUGUUCAUACGAUACGGCCGGUCGCUCGUGGGUUAAGAUGAAAGUCUAUCAAAACAGCUUAAAAGAGGGACAAUCAAAGUUUAGAUAUCGACGCUCAGGUAAUAGUCAACGCAAUUGGAGGCAUCGAAUUGCUAUAAGAGAAUAUCAGGACAGUUGGGACAGAAGGUGUCGGUUAUUAUUUUGUUGUGUCGGGAAUUCCGAUCGCCAACAGAACUCGUUUACCGAAAUAGCAAAACUCUUGUCUGAAUUUUUUCGAGACUUAGAUGUCGUGCCUUCCGAUGUGGUCGCAGGACUUAUGCUAUUAAGAAGACAUCAAAAACAUGAACAGAGAGUCAUUGUUGAUAAACGACAGAACAAUACAUUUCAGUUCUUGUCCGGAGUUGCCAUCACUUCUAAUACAAAGUUUCUUGACGUCAAUCAUCCGAUAGUAGCCGAAGAAAUACAAACUUUAAUACAUUUUUUGCACUACGGAUUAGCGGUUUACGGGUGGCCUAUCUUUGUGAUGAUGAAUAGCGCCACCGGCUGUUGUCAGCUAUUUCCUCACAUGAAGUGUUGUCCUAAGGCGUCAUUUUGCUGUUUUGGUUGUCUGUCAGCGACAAAACAAAAGGCAGAGUCUGAUGACAUUGCUGUCGAUGACAACUGUUGUCAAUGCAAUUAUGCGGCGCUUAAGAAGAUGUGCCAAACGCACAAUUAUGAGCUCAUUUAUGCUACAUAUCACGUGGCCAUUGGAGAACCACCUUUUUUCGUAGCUCUUGAUUAUGAUAAAAGAGCGGUUGUUAUCAGUGUUAGAGGAACUCUAUCUCUUCACGAUGUCAUAACUGAUUUGAACGCUGAGGGAGAGCUACUUCCUACUGAUCCCAUACAUGAAGACUGGUUGGGACAUAAAGGGAUGGUUGAAUCAGCUGUUUAUAUAAGAAAUAAGUUGAAAGUAGAAGACAUACUUAAUAAAGCACUGAAUUAUGACCCGGAAAAGGGCACUCAAACAUUCAAUAUAAUACUAGUGGGACAUUCAUUAGGUGCGGGAACUGCCGCUAUUUUGGCCAUUUUGCUCAAACAAGAAUAUCCUGAUUUAAUAUGUUUUGCAUUUGCACCGCCCGGUGGGCUAUUAAGCGCAUCCGCACUGGAGUAUACAAAAGAGUUUAUCAUUUCAGUUGUCUUAGGCAAGGAUGUGGUGCCGCGACUUGGUUUGCAUCAAAUGGAAACCUUGCGCUACGAUCUUAUCCAAGCUAUCAAACAGUGUUCAGAACCAAAAUGGAAGAUAAUUGGUGGCAGAUGUUGCUGUCAAAGGAGUGAUACCAAAAUUGGUAUUAAUUGUGAUGAUAUCAGUGACGGCCAAAUCUCUAAAGAGCUAUCCUCUCAUCCAAUUGACGAUUCAAUUGCCCUAACAGUACAUUUACCUCUUUAUCCUCCCGGAAGGAUCAUUCAUUUAGUAAGAAAUCACCCGAAAAAGGCUGAGAAAGUUGUCGGCAAAAAGGAGCCAAUAGUACAGGCAUUAUGGGCUGACAAUACAAACUUUAGUGAAAUACUCAUAUCUCCGGUAAUGAUUCAGGACCACAUGCCGGACAAGAUGUUGGAAGCACUCGAGUCACUACUAGUACACACGGGACCCGCUAAACCUCAACGAAAGCCAUUACAAGAUAAUACAAACGUCCAAAAUCUUCCUCAGAGUAGACCCGACAAAAAUGUCAAAGUUUUAAAAAAAGAAAGUUUUCCAUUGGAACCAAUUGAAAGUUCACAGAAUAUAGUCAUAGAAACCAGUUUUACUGAUUCGCCACUUGUUGUACAAAACAUUCAAAAUGCCAAACAUAUUAAUAGUAGGUCUGUCCGUCCCUCACAACUGAUAUAUAAUAAUAGCCUGAGAGUGGAUCUCUUACGCGAUGACUGGAUGGGUGCCGCACCGUUGGCCUCUCCCGAAACGUUAAGCGAUGACUGUUCGAGUAUAUCAUCGCGAAGUACAGGUGUUAGAGCCAGUUGGGCAGCGCUACCCGUGUUUACUAUUAACGACAGACAAUUUAUUGAACAAAUGGCAAUCAUUGAUCAGCCGAGAAGUAAUACUGAUUGUCAAUACAAUAGUAAAGCUGACAGUGAGGUUAAUGGCAAUCACAGAAUCAGUGGUGUUAUGAAUAUACCUCUCGGCGAAAAUGAUAUUCAAAUUAAUUCAAAUUUCAAUGGAAUGGAUGAUUUGGAUGAUGUGAAUAGAAAUAUA